GUCACGUGUAGCGCGUUUUCGCGUCGCGCGACGCGUGGCUGGCCACACGCAUAUCUGCGGCCGUCGCACUGUCGUCGUACAGCCUCUUCAACUCAGACAAAAUCACAUCCUGAUUCUUCGAGCAACGUAUGCCGGAGCAUACCCUCAAGUUCUCGUUCUCUACGGUCACAGACACAGCCGCGUUCAAGCUACUUGAGUUGCCGACAGACUUGAGCAAAGCCAUCGAAUCAAGCUCUGGGGCGUGCUCAAGAUGGACAAUCAAAGGGAAUCCUGAUGAGGAUGCUGUACUUUGCACCGCGGAUAAGACCUACGCCAUUCGCUCCGUGGUACUCUCCAAUUCCGUCCUUGUAGCCACAGCAGCAGUCUCCGAGGACUCUGGAGAUAGCUCUGUCGUGGUACGAGAUCGGCUUCAAGAAAUCAUGGAGCUCGUACUAUCCGUCCCAAGGCUUCACAAGCUGGAUGUCCUGCUACGAGGCAAGGAGUACGAUGAAGGACAGGAGGAAGACGAUGAGCUCUAUCUCGGCGAGGCUCAAGACGGGAGAAGCAAAUUCACAUAUCAGGAAGCAAGAGCCACGCUGCAAGCUAGCGACACAGAAUUGGACCAAGGACUCAAGAAGAGACGUGUACUGAUCCUUAAUGGCGAACUCAGGCCAAUCUCUCCGCCGUAUCUCAACGCGAUCCUCGAGCUCUUACUUACCCAUCUCGUCUCUUUGUCACUUCCUCAUGAUUCUGCUUCCGUGGACAAAUUAUGCUCCGCACUUGCGGACGGGUACGACAUCCGUAAAGACGUCUGCGAACAGGUAAUGGCCUGGUUCGGCGACAUCAUCAUCGGUGAAUGGAGCAUGGACAAGACGGCGGUUGUCCGAGAAAUCGGUCUCGGGCUCCUGAGGCCAUACAGGGACGAGUCAAUCCGACUUGAUGAGUUCCUCGCGAAAUGGCGGAAGAGUGUUGGCGACACCUUCGAGUCUCUAGUGUCUGCGGAUCUCCUCUCCGGUAACUACCUCGCGCAAACCGACCUCCUCAAAGAGCCGCCUGUCGUCGUCCUGACAUACUUCCCCUCCUCGCAGCUCCCCAUCGAUCCUGCAGCACGCUUCACCGAUUUGUUUCUCACGCGUCCCCGCUGGAAGGCCGACGAGAUCGCGCCCUUCCUUGCUGACAUUGUCGUGGAUGCGAAGGAGCGGGACAAGUUCCUGUUGAAGUACACGCGGGCGCUCACGGAUGCGGAGGGCGUGUGGUACACCGCUCGGGCGAAGUACAAUGGAUGAUCUGUACAUGCAAAUUGUUGCAGAAGAGUACGUGAUGUGUCCAAGCUUUAUGUCUCAUAGACAAGGCCCGGGAUACGUCGGAUUAUGCACAGAGUGUACAAC